ACGAUAGGGUAGAGAGAGAGAGAGAGAAGACCGAUGAAGAGAGAGAAACACACAUACGUGUAUGUAUAUAUAUAAACAUAUAUAGAUAGAUAUAGAUAUGCGUAUAUAUAUGGAGAGAGAGACUCUGUCUGUAUUCUUCUACCUCGACCUCCCCGUUUCUUCAUCUCUGUUCUACCGUCGAUCUUGUUAAGAUCUGCUUAGUUAGAAGUUAGAACCCUAAUUUUCAAUCUCGCCGAUUUGGGGACGGCGGAGCUGCAAUGUCGUCUCUAAGUAGAGAGCUCGUGUUCUUGAUCUUACAGUUUCUCGAUGAAGAAAAGUUUAAGGAGACUGUUCACAAGCUGGAACAAGAAUCAGGAUUUUUCUUUAACAUGAAGUACUUUGAAGAUGAGGUGCAGAAUGGAAAUUGGGAUGACGUUGAGAAGUACCUUUCGGGUUUUACAAAAGUGGAUGAUAAUCGUUACUCAAUGAAGAUCUUUUUCGAAAUCAGGAAGCAAAAGUAUCUUGAAGCAUUAGACAAGCAUGAUCGAUCAAAGGCUGUUGAAAUCCUAGUAAAGGAUCUUAAAGUCUUUGCUUCAUUUAACGAAGAGCUUUUCAAGGAGAUAACUCAAUUAUUGACACUGGAGAAUUUUAGGGAAAAUGAGCAGUUAUCUAAAUACGGUGAUACAAAAUCAGCUCGAGCUAUAAUGUUGGUGGAGCUCAAGAAACUUAUUGAAGCAAAUCCUUUGUUUCGUGACAAAUUACAGUUCCCAAAUCUUAAAAAUUCAAGGUUACGGACUCUAAUCAACCAAAGCUUAAAUUGGCAACAUCAACUUUGUAAAAACCCUAGGCCAAAUCCCGAUAUCAAAACCUUAUUUGUGGAUCAUUCAUGUGGACAACCGAAUGGUGCUCGUGCUCCAUCACCUGCAAAUAAUCCAUUGCUUGGCCCACUACCUAAAGCUGGUGGUUUUCCUCCUUUGGGUGCACAUGGGCCUUUUCAACCUACACCGGGUCCCGUUCCAACCCCGCUUGCUGGUUGGAUGUCUAACCCUCCGGCGGUUGCUCAUCCGAGUGUUUCCGGUAGUGCAAUUGGUCUCGGUGGGCCAUCUAUGCCAGCUGCUUUGAAGCAUCCGAGGACCCCACCGACAAAUCCUAGCUUAGAUUUCCCUUCUGGGGAUUCAGAUCAUAUGAGCAAAAGAACAAGGCCCAUGGGCAUAAAUGAAGAGGUGAAUUUGCCAAUUAAUGUGUUGCCCGUUUCAUUCCCGGGGCAUAGUAGUAGUCAUAGUCAAGCUUUUAAUGCACCUGAUGAUCUGCCCAAGACAGUUGCCCGGACUCUUAACCAGGGUUCAUCUCCUAUGAGCAUGGAUUUUCAUCCGAUUCAACAAACUUUACUCUUAGUUGGGACAAAUGUGGGAGAUAUAGGAUUAUGGGAAGUUGGUUCGAGGGACAAAUUGGUUCUUAGAAAUUUCAAAGUUUGGGAUCUUGGUGCUUGUUCAAUGCCUAUGCAGGCUGCUCUUGUAAAAGAUCCUGGCGUCUCUGUGAACCGUGUAAUUUGGAGUCCGGAUGGUUCUUUGUUUGGAGUUGCAUAUUCACGCCAUAUUGUACAAAUAUAUUCAUAUCACGGGGGAGAUGAUGUGAGACAGCAUCUCGAGAUUGAUGCUCAUAUUGGUGGAGUAAACGAUCUUGCAUUCUCCCAUCCCAAUAAGCAGCUUUGCGUGAUAACAUGUGGGGAUGAUAAGACCAUUAAGGUAUGGGAUGCUGCAACUGGUGCACGACAAUACACUUUUGAAGGCCAUGAUGCUCCUGUAUAUUCCGUAUGCCCUCACUAUAAAGAGAACAUUCAGUUUAUAUUUUCAACAGCUCUUGAUGGGAAGAUAAAAGCUUGGUUAUAUGAUAACAUGGGAUCCCGAGUUGAUUAUGAAGCUCCUGGUCGUUGGUGCACAACAAUGGCAUAUAGUGCUGAUGGAACAAGACUUUUUUCAUGUGGAACAAGCAAAGAUGGGGAAUCACAUAUUGUAGAAUGGAAUGAAAGUGAAGGAGCUGUAAAAAGAACGUAUCUAGGGUUCCGAAAACGUUCUCUUGGUGUAGUGCAAUUUGAUACAACAAAAAACCGAUUUUUAGCAGCUGGUGAUGAUUUCUCAAUCAAAUACUGGGAUAUGGACAACACACAGCUUUUGAUGAGUGUUGAUGCUGACGGGGGUCUUCCGGCAAGCCCACGUAUCCGAUUUAACAAAGAUGGUGCUCUGUUGGCUGUUUCUUCAAACGAAAAUGGAAUCAAAAUUUUGGCAAAUUCUGAUGGCCUUCGAUUGCUUCGCACUUUUGAGAAUCUUUCUUAUGAUGCUGCUUCAAGAACACCAGAAGCCCCAAAGCCUGCCAUAAAUACAAUAUCUGCUGCUGCUGCCGCUGCGGCUGCCGCCACUAGUGCCGGAUUAGCAGAAAGGGUGGGCUCCGUUGGGUCUAUUUCUGGGGUGAAUGGAGAUACAAGAAACAUGCCGGAUGUGAAACCAAGAAUUACUGAAGAAUCAAAUGAUAAGUCAAAGAUUUGGAAGCUCACUGAGAUAAGUGAAUCUUCUCAGUGUCGAUCAUUGAAGCUUCCAGAAAACAUGAGAGUAACAAAGAUAUCAAGAUUGAUAUAUACGAAUUCGGGAAAUGCCAUUUUGGCAUUAGCAUCAAAUGCGAUUCAUUUAUUAUGGAAAUGGCAACGUAAUGAACGUAACUCAAGUGGCAAGGCAACAGCUGGGAUUUCACCACAAUUAUGGCAACCUUCAAGUGGGAUUUUAAUGACGAAUGACGUGGCAGACAUGAACCCUGAAGAAUCCGUGUCCUGUUUUGCUUUAUCGAAAAACGAUUCUUAUGUAAUGUCAGCAUCAGGAGGAAAGAUUUCAUUAUUCAACAUGAUGACGUUCAAGACGAUGACAACAUUCAUGGCCCCACCACCUGCAGCAACGUUUCUUGCUUUCCAUCCUCAAGAUAACAACAUUAUUGCUAUUGGAAUGGAUGAUUCCACAAUCCAAAUCUACAACGUUCGUGUGGAUGAGGUGAAAAGCAAACUUAAAGGUCACUCAAAAAGAAUCACGGGGCUUGCUUUCUCUCAUGUGCUCAAUGUCCUUGUAUCAUCUGGUGCAGAUUCACAGCUAUGUGUAUGGAGUUCAGAUGGCUGGGAAAAACAAAAAGCAAAAUACUUGCCACUCCCGCAAGGUAGGACAACAGCAGCACAAUCAGAUACACGGGUUCAGUUUCAUCAUGAUCAAGUCCAUUUUCUUGUUGUCCAUGAGACUCAGCUGGCUAUAUACGAAACAUCAAAACUAGAAUGUGUGAAACAGUGGGUCCAACGUGAAUCUUCAGCACCAAUAUCACACGCGACAUUUUCAUGUGAUAGUCAACUCAUAUACGCAUGUUUCUUGGAUGCAACCGUGUGUGUUUUCACCGCCUCUCACCUACGCUUACGCUGUCGCAUCAAUCCUUCCGUUUAUCUUUCCCCAAGCAUUCUCAGCAAUCUAAAUGUGCAUCCGAUGGUGAUUGCGGCACACCCACAAGAACCAAAUCAGUUUGCAUUGGGUCUUUCGGAUGGUGUGGUUCAUGUAUUUGAGCCGCUUGAAUCAGAAGGCAAAUGGGGGGUGCCACCGCCGGCUGAAAACGGAUCAACGAGCAAUGUGGCGGCGUCUUCGCCUGUCGGGGGUUCGGGGUCGGAACAAGGGCCGAGAUGACGGGGUGGUUUUGUGGCAAAAUGAGCUCUUUUAAACGCUUGUUUUGCUGGGAUUGGGAAAGGUUUAGGUUAUGUUGGUGGUGUGAUUGACAUGGGGAAUUGUAGAUCUAACUUCUUGUGUGUAAGGUAAAUGCUGCUAGGAAGUUUGUAAUGGUGAAAAAUGUUGUUUAUUUUGUUUUUUCCACGAUAACGUUGUUUCGGUACCUGGUAAAACUGAAUGAAAAGAUGUUGAAUUAA